AUGUCAUUGUCAGAAGAAACCCUGCAAUCGCUUACAUCAGUCUUCUCGGAAGCAAUCAAAAAAGCAGUUGUGGAUGCCACACAGGCGGCGAUAUCUACUGCCACGAGAAACGGCACAACCUCACACCAACCUUCUCCAAAAUUACCAACAUUUUCUAUUGGUGAGUAUAGAUCAUCUGAAUCUGAAUCAGUCGGAGAUUAUUUUAGGCGAUUCGAAUGGGCACUCCAACUCAGCAAGAUCCCAGCAACUGAUUAUCCGCAAUAUGCACGUGUUCAUAUGGGAACAGAGCUGAACAAUGCCCUUAAAACGCUUUCAAGUCCACAGAAUCCAGAAGUCCUUUCAUACGAACAAAUAAAAACAACCCUUGUAAAUCAUUUUGACACGACAAAGAACAAAUAUGCUGAAAGCAUCAAAUUCAGACAUAUUGUUCAGCAAGCUGAUGAAUCAGUUGCCAACUUUACGCUUCGUCUGAGGCAAGGCGCUGUGAAUUGUGAUUAUGGUAAUUUUUUGGACAGGAUGUUGAUAGAACAAUUUCUGCAUGGACUUUCUUGUCGUGAGAUGUGCAACGCUAUAAUAAUCAAACAGCCCGACACAUUUGCUAUUGCAUAUGAAGCCGCACAAUCAAUUGAAGCAAGUCGCAACACAGCAGUUGAGGUGAAAUCAGAAAUAACACCGGCAGGCGAAGCCACACACAAACUGGGAUAUGCCCCCCCACGGUUCAAGCGCGGCCAAAAAGAAGCAUUACAACCAUUUAAACAAGGACAACACCCAAAUCAAACUUGUAAUGGGUGUGGAGGUAGACAUUUUAGGAAUCAAUGCAAAUUUCGAGAAGCGGAGUGCCAUGCUUGUGGCAAAAAGGGUCAUAUUGCAAGAAGGUGCCGAUCGAAAACCGCACAAAUUGUCGAGGUCAACGAGGAACAGCCGAGUGAUUCAGAUGAAAUAGUACAAUAUCUCAAAAAUAUAAACCUGGUCAACUCCAUAAAGCCUACUUCCACAUCAGACACUCUAAAAAUCGAAGUGAAAAUUGAUGGCCGUGACCUCGUGAUGGAGCUAGAUACUGGUUCACCAUGUGCCAUCAUUAGUGCACAGAUUCUUCGCACUAUUAAACCCCAGUUUUCGUUGAUAAAGUCAGACAGACAGUUCGCAAGUUACACCCGCCAUCGACUUAAUUGCAUCGGACGUAUUCCAGUUAAUGUAACUGUUGGCAGAAAAGUUCGUAGGUUAAAUCUCUAUGUGGUAGAAGGCCACUUUGACACUCUCUUUGGAAGGGAAUGGAUCGCUCAAUUCGCCAGUGAAAUAAAUUUUUCUAAGUUCUUUGAAACUUCAGGUCACGUCAACUCUCUCACAUCAGCAACUCCUAAUCUGUCAGAGGAACAACGAAAUCAAAUGAACUCCCUUCUCAACCAAUACGAAGAGGUGUUCAGUAACAUAGCUGGCAAACUAAAGGGACCUCCUGCUUCACUUCAUUUUAAGCCUGACGUGUCACCAGUUUUUAUGAGAGCAAGGGAAAUUCCUUUGGCAUUGCGGGAUGCUUAUGCCAAAGAGAUCGACUCGAAAAUUUCCUCAGGAUUCUAUAAAAAAGUGGAAUACUCGGAAUGGGCAUCAACAACACAUAUAGUAUCCAAGAAAAAUGGACGUAUUCGUAUUACUGGGAAUUACAAGCCAACACUUAAUCCACGAAUAAUCGUUGAUGAACAUCCAAUUCCAAAAGUUGAGGAUAUAUUUAAUCAAAUGAAAGAUGCAAGAGUAUUCUGCCACUUGGACGUCACAGAUGCCUAUUCACAUUUACCCAUUGACGAGGAGUUCAGCCAUGCCAUGACAUUGAACACCACUACCCAUGGAUUAAUUCGGCCAACUCGUGCUGUAUACGGAGCUGCAAACAUUCCGGCAAUUUGGCAGCGGCGAAUCGAAAUGGUGUUUCAAGGCAUUCGAAAUGUAAGAAUCUUCUUCGACGACAUCCUUAUUCAUGCCAAAAAUUUUGAUGAAAUGCUAGAAGUUGUCAAUCUGGUCUUGGAGAGAGUAAGAGAACAUGGACUUCAUUUGAAUCGAGAGAAAUGUGUGUUUGCGACAUCAUGCGUAGAAUUUCUGGGACAUAAAAUCGAUGCUAAUGGGAUUCAAAAAUCAGACAAACACACAGAAGCAGUGAAAAAAGCACCAAAACCUUCCACCUUCGAAGAACUGCAACUAUUUUUGGGUAAGGCAACUUAUUAUAGUUCUUUUAUUCCAGAUCUUUCGACGAGAGAUCGACCAUUGAGAAACAUGCUGCGGUCUGAAUCGUUUAAGUGGACACAAGAAGCACACGAAGCAUAUAUGAACAUCAAAAGUAUUUUAAUAUCGCCACAAGUCCUUAUGCCUUAUGACCCGUCACUUCCGCUUCUAUUAGCCACUGAUGCGAGUAAAACUGGACUUGGAGCCGUCCUUUCACAUGUCUUAAGUAAUGGACAGGAAAGGCCAAUAGCAUAUGCGAGCCGCACCAUGAGCGCAACAGAACAGCGAUACCCUCAGAUCGAUAAGGAGGCCUUAGCUAUUGUCUGGGCUGUACAAAAGUUUUUCAUGUAUUUAUACGCUCGCCAUUGGACCCUCAUCACCGACCACAAGCCAUUGUCUCAAAUUCUGCACCCAGAAAAAUCUUUACCUGUUCUCUGUAUCAGCAGAAUGGCAAAUUAUGCUGAGUUCCUGACCAACUUCAAUUAUGAUGUCAAAUUCAAAACAACCAAAGAAAACGCGAAUGCUGAUUACUUCUCACGAGCUUCUUUAGAAACAGAUGUCAAUAAAAUUACCCAAUCGCAACAAGUUUUUGAUUCUGAAACAGAAUAUGACCCAUUCGAUAAUUUCUUAGUUCAUCAAAUUCAUCAACUGCCACUCAAUGCAAAACGAAUUGCUCAAGAAACUAGAAAAGAUCUACAUUUGGGCAAAAUGUGUUCCAUACUCGAAUCAGGUCAAUGUCUAGUCCGAUCGGGUUUCAAAUCGCCUGAGUCCAGCUAUAGGUUAGCUGCAAAUUGCCUUGUCUUUGAACACAGAGUGGUAAUUCCAUCAACUUUACGUGAAAAAGUUCUUGCAGAUCUUCACUUAGCGCAUUUGGGAAUGGUGAAGAUGAAAGGUUUGGCACAAUCAUUUGUUUUUUGGCCGGGAAUUGACGCAGAUAUCGAACGUAUGGCAAGGAAUUGUAGCAACUGUACUAAAAAUGCACACUUACCCCCCCAGUUUCGAGAACACCAUUGGGAGUAUCCAAAAGGACCGUGGGAACGAGUCCAUAUAGACUACGCGGGACCCGUCGCUGGAAUGAUGUUACUCAUAGUAUCUGAUGCGUAUAGCAAGUGGCUUGAAGUUAAAACAACUAACUUGAUGACAACUGGUGCUACUAUAUCUAUUCUCGAUGAAUUAUUUGCUGCAUAUGGUGUCCCAGUAAUAGUGGUGUCUGAUAAUGGCACAAAUUUUACGUCAGCUGAAUUUAAAACGUAUCUACAGACAGUUGGCGUAAAAUAUCAUAAGCUGACAGCACCGUACCAUCCAUCAACGAAUGGACAAGCCGAGCGGAGCGUACAAACAGUAAAAAAUGCACUAAGAACCAUGGAAACUACUAAGACCUCACUUCAGCUAAACCUUAACAAAUUCCUUCGGCAAUAUAGAAAAGCACCUCAUACCACCACAGGCCAAUCACCAUCGCAGCUAUUUUUGGGUCGUUCACUCCGGACUAGUCUAGAUCUUCUCAGACCUGAUGAUAUAUUUACAAAAGUAACUGAAAAACAAAACUCGCAAUUCAGCCCAACCUUCCGCAUUCUGCAACCAGGGCAAUCGGUCUUUUUCUUAUCAAACAACCCUCGUAUGGACAAAUGGGUUCCAGGAGUUAUCAGAAACCGUUUGGGAGACCUUCAUUAUGAAAUCACGUACCUUGGCAAACGGUUUAAACGCCAUAUCGACCAGAUCAAAGGUCAUAAAGAUAAUUAUUCAAAUAAUCAAGAUAAAACUCAUGGAUCGCAAUAUGCAGAGCAUAUAGAUGUUCCAGUCAACGAUCGCUCUAGUCAAUACAUAAGACCACCACAAACGCCUACACCACAUCAACAGCCACUGAGUGAAACUAGUACUGCUGUUGUAGUACCUAAGCAGCAGUCACUUACUCCACAGGAGACGCAUCCACCUGGACCUGGAAGUGAAUUAAUAACACCCCCAGCAGCUCCACGAAGAUCCACCAGACCUCGGAAGCCUCGGGUCUUAUUCUCACCUUAG